CAGUAGGCCGUAGUGGAGGAGCGAGCAACUCCAUCCCCUUGCAGCGAAGCCAUUAUCACAGAUUCACAGUCAAAGCCGCCGGAUCGAGAGCGAGAGGAGCGAUGGGCGAGGAGCUGAGCCUGCCGGCGGUGCGCGACGCGCUGGUCCGGGAGGAGGACUCCAUCGUCUUCGCGCUCAUCGAGCGCGCCAGGCUCCCGCGCAACGCGCCGGCCUACGAGGACCCCGCCGCCGGCGGCCGGUCCCUCGCCGAGUUCUUCGUCCGGGAAGCCGAGGUUCUGCACGCCAAGGCUGGACAUUACCAAAAGCCAGAAGAUGUUCCUUUCUUUCCACGAGAUCUUCCUCCACCUAUGUUUCCAACCAAAAGUUACCCAAAGGUUUUGCACCCUUUCGCAUCAUCAGUCAGUGUGAAUGAUGCAAUAUGGAAGAUGUAUUUCAAUGAGUUGAUUCCACUAUUCACUGUGGAUGGCGAUGAUGGUAACUAUGCAGAAACAGCUGCAUUAGAUUUUGCAUGUCUGAAGGCUAUGUCAAGAAGAAUUCAUAUUGGUAAAUAUGUUGCUGAAGUGAAGUUCAAAGAUGCUCCUCAAGAUUAUAGUCCGCUAAUCCGGGCAAAGGAUACCAAGGCUCUGAUGAAUUUACUAACAUUCAAGGCGGUUGAAGAGAAGGUCAAGAAGAGAGUGGAGAAGAAGGCCAGGAUAUUUGGUCAGAAUAUCACUUUGGAGGAGGACAGUGCUGGCAAGCAAGAAGGCAAUGCAGGUGACAGUGAGUGCAAAAUUGAUCCUGAAGUGCUAUCUAAGCUAUAUGAUCAUUGGGUAAUGCCUCUGACGAAGGAUGUUGAAGUCGAGUAUCUUCUGCGCCGUCUUGACUGAUUCGACAAAUAGUUUCAGCUGCAAAAAAAGAUUCACACAAUGACAUAACACAUGAAAGAGUUUUGAUUGAAUGUGGCAUGAGGAAAGCCGUCUAGAAGAGCUCACAAAGGCGACUUCUUGUAGAGUUUCUGGUCUCUUGGUUACAAGUAGGGGAAUACACCGUGGUAUUGUAUCUUGGAUCUUGCUUCAUGUCCAUUUUCGGUGGCGAGAGACAGAAGAUGGGAUGAUCACUGCAGCCCGAUACAUAUUGGAUGAUCCUGAGGGGACCUGCUGAAAUCCCAGCAAACCUGUUGUACUCCUGUUUCUGUUCUCCCUAUUUUUUGUGCUGCUACUUAGUAGCAUUUCUGUUCAAGCUUGUUUCACUCUUAACAUCAGCUAAGUUUUUCUUGAAUAAAUAAUUCAGAUUGUCCAUCUGAGUUGUGUACAAAACAAUUGAACUUGUUCUUGUUUGAAAUGCACGUCCAUCCUCCUACAUGAUGUGGACAGCAAAUUGAAAUGUUCAAA